AUGCUCUCGCUGGCCAUGGCAUCCAAUGACCCUGCACAAAGAGUGUCGCAUGCUGGCGGAGCUUUUGAUGAGACAGAGGCCGCGCUGCUGGAAUUGGCAGCUGACAGCCGUCAAGACGAGCUGUCGCUCUCUAGCAAGGAGGAGCAGCUGUUGCGCCUCUACGACCACAUCGAGGAACUAGACUUGGAACGAGCCGUGCUAGAACAAGAUGUUGAACAGCCGAGCAACGUGGAUGUGGAGGGGCAGCUUCGCGUCGCAGAGCAAGAGCUGCUCGAAGCUCGCGCAACUUACACAGUGCGGAAAAAGGCAGCUGAAUCAGUUCUCAUGACGGAUCCGAUCCUCAAGACGGUGCACUUGAGAGGCGCGUCUCCCGCGGAAAGGUUUGUUGAGGUUAUUGGCGGUCUACGGUUUACGAUUCGUGCUGAUCUAGUGUUUGAUUUCAGGGCUCUUCUCCCCCUCGUGAAUCGUCGCGAUGUACUCUCGCUGGUGUACGAAAACUUGGCUAAUGCGCAGGCCAGUACGCUCGCGGCCCUUUCGAACGCAGAAGUCGACCACAUACGGACAACCAAGCGCAACCAGGAACUAGCAAGCCAGCUGCUAGAAUUAACGGCGCAGGAAUCUUCGUGGCGCGAUACUCUUGUUGACGAGGACUUGCAGUCUCAAAUCGCAGAGGCCGAACGACAGCACAAGGCAGCUCGAGGGAGAUGGGAUACGAUGAAGAACAUUGCCAGCGCAGUGGUCGCGGGCAGUGGAGUCGACUGGGCGCGCGACGACCAACUGCGUGCGCUGGUGCUGGACGAACUCGAUUGA